AUGGGAGACAUCGUAUCACCCACAAAGAAGCGGUACGCCCUGGUAGGCACCGGAGGAAGAGCAGGUCUCUUCUACACGACCAUUGCGAAGGACUAUAGCAAGACAAGUGUCCUAGUAGCGCUUUGCGAUACCAAUCAGACCCGAUUAAACUAUGCGAAGUCCAAAAUCGAAGCCCUAGGCCACGAGCAAGUCCCAACCUACCUAGCCGCAGACUUCGACAAAAUGAUCAAAGAAACAAAGCCAGACGAAGUGAUCGUCACAACAAUCGACAGAACCCACCACACCUACAUCGUCCGCGCGAUGGAACUCGGCUGCAACGUGAUAACCGAAAAACCAAUGACAAUCGACGUCCCCCAAUGCAAAGAAAUCCUCUCUGCAGUCGACCGCACCAACCAGCGAGUCAGAGUAACAUUCAACUACCGCUACGCACCACACAACACGAAGAUCUUCGAGGUAAUCCGCUCAGGAGCAAUUGGAACAGUGACAAGCAUCCACUUCGAAUGGAUGCUUAACACAUCCCACGGCGCGGACUAUUUCCGGCGCUGGCAUCGCGAUGCUCGGAAUAGUGGUGGUCUUCUUGUCCACAAGUCGACGCAUCAUUUCGAUCUGAUCAAUUUCUGGCUGCAGUCUCGACCGAAGACUGUCUAUGCUCAAGGCGAUCUCAAAUUCUAUGGCAAGAAGAAUGCUGAGGAUCGGGGUAUCACACAGUUCUACUCGAGGGCUCAUGGCAGUGAUGUGGCUAAGGAUGACCCAUUCGCUCUCCAUCUCGACCAGAACCAGCAGCUUAAAGCUCUCUACCUGGAUGCCGAGCAUGAAGAUGGAUAUUUCCGUGAUCAGAGCGUCUUUGGUGAUGGCAUCAGUAUUGAAGAUACGAUGAAUGUGCUUGUUAGGUAUGAGAAUGAUGCCGUCUUGACGUAUUCACUCACGGCAUAUGCGCCCUGGGAGGGCUUCCGCGUGAGCUUCAAUGGAACAGGUGGUAGAUUGGAGGCGGAGAUUGUUGAGAGCAGUUACGUGAACUCUGGCGGAGAACAAGCUAAGGAAGGUGCUGCUGAAAGUAUCACGCUCUUGUUGCGGCCGCUGUUCCAGGAACCGCGGAAGGUUGAGAUUGUGCAAGGGGCGGGUGGCCAUGGAGGUGGUGAUAAUGUUUUGCUGCGUGAUCUAUUUGGGGAUGUUGAGCCUGAUGAGUAUAUGAGGGCUGCUAGCCAUAUUGAUGGGGCUGCCUCUAUUCUGACGGGUGUUGCUGCGAAUCGGUCUAUUCGAACUGGGCAGGUUGUUACUGUUAGUGAUAUUCUUGGUCUGCCUUGA